AUGGACAAUAGUAAAAUUUCAUCAGACGAUUCGAUGACUUCACAUGAUACACCUCCAUUUUUAUCUCACAUGUAUAUUGAUAAAAAGAUUCAUUCAUUCAAUAGUAAAUUUAAUUACUUAAAACCAUAUUUAUCGAAAGGUUCCAGAGGAUCUUUACCUUAUACACUUAAUAUACCUGAGUCUAUACCAGAGGUUUCUGUUUCACCACGUCGUCAUUCCGUAUCAUUCAAUCUAGUUGACAGUCAUUCACAAAAUUCUUCGCAUCAUCAACGUUCAAGUUCAUCAUUACUGGACGAUAUCAUAAUUGAACCCAUUGAAUUUGAAAGAUGUUUAUCUCCUUUAAGGGCAUGUGAUUUAGCUGCACCAUGUAGUAAUACAUUCGAAGAAGUUCUGAAAACACUUAAACAAGACAACCGCGAUGAUCGUUAUAGCAAUGAUGAAUUUAUUGGUUAA